CUCUGAGCACUGCGAAUAAAGACUCCAAAGGACUCAGCAGCCUUCUCUCGGUUUUUAAGAUAUCCCAAACCUCGGUUGUAAACUGUAUUGAAGACUGUAGCCAGAAGUUAUAGACCAUGGCAUCGUCGUUCGACCUCGUCGCUAUAAACUGCAAUGCAUUUAACAGUAACACGUUGAAUGAAUCUCUACCCCAGCUGGACUACUCUCUAAACGACACAUACAAAGUGGUGGCAGGCUCACUUGUGUUUUUACUCAUCCUGCCCUUUGUUCUUUUCGAGUUUAGCUGUUUCCCAAUCGGUGCCAGCUCCGCCAUCCUCCUGGGGGCCGUGCUCAUGGUGGCGACCACCGUCCUGUCCCAGGGAGACUUCUAUGACAUUAUAGGAGAAGACGGCAACAUGCGGACAAUAUUCCUUCUCCUUGGUAUGAUGAUUAUAUCCCAGUACUUUGAAAGGGAACAAAUCAUUCAAACUUUGAUUAAUAAGGUGCUGAAGAAAGAUAUAUCCUUCCCCAGCUAUUUAUGGAGAGUCACGAUGUUGUCCUUCUUUGUGGCUGCGUUGUUUACUAACGACGCUGCAUGUGUCAUACUGACACCGUUGAUUCUAAAGCAUUGGUGUUCACAGGAAAGAUCAAGUGUCGAGCUGGAAACCCUUUUACUAUCUAUUUCAACAUCAGCAAACCUUGGAAGUGUCAUAACCAUAUUCGGUAAUCCUCAGAUAGCACUCAUAGCGUCAACAACCGAGAACACUGUAUACCUUAAAAGUCAGCUUAAUCUCAAGCGCAGCGUGACGUACCUCGGAAUACCGGCCAUCUUGGGCUACCUCCUCAACCUGGCCUUCCUGAUUGUUCACUCCAGGCUGAAUGCUUCCACUAGCUGCUGUGCACAGCAGGUCCCUGUAGCAGAAGAGGUACAUGGUGUGUUGCCAUCAGAGAAAGAUGAACGGGGAAGUAGCCGCGUCUUCUUUUUGCUGCCACCCUUACUUCUGGUCAUCAUGUUGGUGCUUCUGUUUGUUAAGACAGACGAGCUCCGUUUUGACAUGGGUAUUCUUCCAAUGGCGGCAUCUGCGUUAAUAAUGGCAGCAGAUGUUGCAUUGAACAAGACCAACCCAAGUCACCUCAUAAUGAAAGUAGACUGGAACGUCAUCCUCAUGUUCUUCGGUAUUUUCGUAUGGUUGGGCGGGGUAAACGCCACGCGAGUACCACGCUAUGUGUGGAAGGCCAUAGGCUUAGCUGGUCGUCCUAUUGAUGACGCCAAGAGCAUUGCAAUAUUUGCGGUGUUUGUAAUCUUUGGAUCUAAUGUUUUCAGCAACGUACCCUUGACGAUUAUCAUUUUGGAGCAGUUGCAACCGUGUGCCAAUCAGCUGGAUUUUGUACUAUACCUUGCGUGGUGCUCUACCAUCGCUGGGAACCUCACACUCUUCGGCAGCGUGGCAAACAUAAUUGUAGCACAGAAAGCGAAGCAGACUCUGAAUGUUUCUCUUACGUUCGGGGCGUUCUUCAAAUAUGGCUUCAUUACGACUCUUAUUAUUACCACACAAGGCAUAUUUGUCAUCUAUGGACUCUUACAGAUAUAACAACUCGGGAUUGUAUGUUCAUUGAACAAACAUGUUAGUAUUACAAGCAAAUGCACAAAGAGGUCAUGAUGCUGGAUAAUUUGCCGCAUGUGCUGCUAGUUUUUAUACACACUAUUUCAUACGCCCUAAAGUUGUCCUUAUGUUUGGCUAUUGUUGUCAAGUAGGCAAGAACCCUAAAACGCCUUGGCUGUGACUAACAUCUGCCAGAAAACCACCUAAUAUAGGUGUUAAUAUUGACCAAUGUGGCUGGGUUAAACACGUGUUAUCUCUGAUGUCUUGCGAUCAGGACUUGCAGUUACCUUCAUGUGACAUUCCAGGUGCAGUGUGUAAUUUCGGUGAUCAUCACUAAAGUGAUAUCAUUACUGCACGCGAGGUGAACUCUAACAUUG